GAGAGGGAGAGAGAGAGAGAGAGAGAGAGAGAGAGUACUUGAAAUGCUCGGCGCAUUCUUGUGUUGAGGGCGAAGCGAGCAGCCAUCCUCAGGGCAGCGGAAUUAGCUCGAAAUAUCCCACACUUAAAAUUCACCCCUUUAACCCAAAGAGAGAAAACUGACUCCUUCUCUGUCCACCUGGGAAUUCCGCUGCAUUUUGUCCCCAACUGCGUUUCGGCUGGAAGUUGCGCUGCCUGGAGCCACCGGGGGAGCCUCGUACCUUCGCAGCCCCCCGUGAGGGUUGAUCGGUUCCCCCUCCGGACUGCGCAGCCCUUCAACAGCCCGGAGGAUCCACAGCGCGGAGAGUUGGCAUUUGGAGGAAAUCAACCCCGAUGCAAUGAUCCCGAGGUGAGCCGACAGCCUGUUGUGUUUGUCUGUGCAGCUGCAAGAGCUCGCUGUUUAGAGGAAACUACUGACUGAGAAAGACAAAAUGUCUGCUGCUAACAUCCUUGCACUUCUCCUCCUCCUAACCCCGGUUUUGAGCCAACAGGUCCCCUCUAACUGUGUGAUCAAGAGGGAACAGGAGAAAUGCCUGGAAAUGAUGGCCUUGGAUGAUCCUGUGAACGAUCCAGAGUUGGGUUGUCCAUGGAUGUGGGACAACCUGACGUGUUGGCAGCCGGCCAGGAUCGGUGAAGUGGUCGAGGUCAACUGUCCCGAACUCUUCUCUCAGUUCAUGAGUGAAGAAGACUACGAGCUGGGGAAGGUGAGUCGUAACUGCACUGAGUUUGGCUGGUCAGAGACCUUCCCUCACUACAUCGAUGCCUGCCUGUAUGAGGAAGGAAACAGCAGCCAGGACAUGUACUAUGUGUCGGUGAAGGCUCUGUACACCGUGGGCUACAGCACCUCUUUGGUCUCUCUCACCACAGCCAUGGUGAUCCUGUGCAGGUUCAGGAAGUUGCACUGUACCAGGAACUUCAUCCACAUGAAUCUAUUUGUGUCGUUCAUCCUGCGAGCUAUUUCUGUCUUCAUCAAAGACGGCGUGCUGUACGCCAAAGAGGACAGCGAGCACUGCUUCAUACACACUCUGGAGUGUCGAGCAGUGAUGAUAUUCUUCCACUACUGUGUCCUGUCUAACUACUUCUGGCUCUUCAUUGAGGGUCUGUACCUCUUCACUCUGCUGGUGGAGACCUUCUUCCCCGAGAAGAGAUACUUCUACUGGUACAUCAUCAUUGGCUGGGGGACCCCCACGGUGUGCGUGACGAUCUGGGCGGUGCUGAGGCUGCACUUUGAUGAUAUAGGCUGUUGGGACAUGAAUGACAACGCUGCCAUCUGGUGGGUGAUAAAGGGACCUGUGCUAGCUUCCAUCAUGAUCAACUUUGUUCUCUUCAUCGGCAUCAUCAUCAUCCUUGUGCAGAAGUUACAGUCCCCAGAUAUCGGAGGAAAUGAAUCCAGUAUUUACCUGAGGUUGGCCCGCUCUACUCUGCUACUGAUUCCUCUGUUUGGGAUCCACUACACUGUGUUCGCCUUCUCCCCCGAGAACGUCAGCAAGCGAGAGCGUCUGGUGUUUGAGCUCGGACUCGGAUCCUUCCAGGGCUUUGUUGUGGCUGUCCUCUACUGCUUCCUGAAUGGAGAGUAUAUCCCUCAAGGUGCAAUCGGAGAUCAAGAGGAAAUGGCGCAGCUGGACGGUGAACAGGUACUUUGCUGUGGACCUGAAGCACCGACAUCCUUCGCUGGCGAGCAGUGGGGUGAACGGGGGCACGCAGCUGUCCAUCCUCAGCAAGAGCAGCUCGCAGAUCCGCAUGUCCAGCCUGCAGGCCGAGACCCCGGCCACCUGAGCAGCACCGCCGGGGACGCUGCAGCCGGACCCGGUGCCGGACCCGACGCCGCCAAACCCACCACGCCCACCCUCGUCCCGAUGACCAGCCUCAACAACCCAUUCCUCAACCCCUACCCCAACCCAUACCCAGACGAAACCAUGAUGGAAACCCAACUCAACUCCAGCGACCCAGAACAGCCUCUAGUCUGACCUGCUCCACCCUGAAAUGUGACCAAACCUGAAUGUCAGGUGCCAAAUAAUGAAUCUCCUCAUCGUCCUGGUUCAGGUGCAGCAGGGGUGAAGACAAACUUCGCCCUCCUGCUCCUGAGCAGCCUAACAUUUUCAAAGGGCAUGAAUGAGGAAUCUAGUGUGUAUCUAGUGUAUCAUUGGGCUGAAACAUGCAGAAGAAGCAUGGUUAUCUCUCUGUAUAUAUUGUGUUAGUGGUGAAGUUGUCUGGUGCUACAGUAUUUGCUGCUGUACAGCACAGAGGGACCAGUCUGUGUCCUCUCACAGUGAUCAUUCCAGUCUGUCUGAGGAGGUUUCACCUGGUCCUCAAAACACAUUUUACACCUUCACUCUUCACUGUAUUCCUCCUUUAAACACAGGUGUCACAGCUGCUGUGCCAUUUAAAAUGGCUUCAUUUCAGACAGACAACACUGGUCACUCUAAUGUAAAUACCUUAAAGGGGCACUCCACUGAUUUUACACAUAAAUAUGAGUUUAUUCAUCGUGUUGAGUGCUGCUCAGCCUGUGUUAACAGUUGUAUAGUGUCUUCUGUGGCUUUGGUGAAGCUGGAAAGAACUCCUGAUACCUGGGGGCAUAGGUUCUGAAAGAUGUGGGCAAGGAGCAUUAUGGGAAAUGCUGUGUUUUUGGGAGCAUGCCUCAAACUUGACACUAACAUUCAGGAAAUCUUGACCUCUGCUGCUUCAAUUUUGACCAGUCUGCUUUUAAUUUGUCUCCUGUGGGUCCCCCAGUUUUAUGAAGGUGCAGCACUAAAAAAGCUGGAGUGACCCUUUAAGUGCGGUGAGAAACCAGGCAUCCUAAUGUACAGUUAAACCUUAAAUGAGUGAACGUUUUGACAGAAAUUAUGCCCACGUCAGUGUUUAAAAAUUCAACUUGUCACCCUUUUAUCAGUUACUGACUGAGGUAAACACUGAGAUAUUUACCUGAAGAAGACCGCCAACCGCGUCAUGUCUAAAUUACUGCAGCGCUCUUGAUGUACAAACAGUGACUGUGUAUGAAAACUCAGUAUUAUUACCCACUACUGGCACAAGCCUUCAUUUUCCUGUGUAAACUGUGACUGAUGUAAAACAAUAUAAUGGUGUUGAAGACAACCAGACUGAGGAAUGUCGAGGAGAAAUUUCACCUGGUGAAACUCGGAGAAGCAGUAUUUAUGAGAAGGACAUAUUUUCUACAGUUAUGUGAAAUGCCAAAAAAAAAGAGUUAAAAAAAUCUACAUAUAAAUAUACGUACACACCAGGGUUAGAUGCUUGAGUCAAAAGUGUUUUCUCCGGAUGUAUGUGCAGCGCUGAGAUUUGCCGACUACGACCACAAACCUCUUUUUAAAUCUCAGCGCUGAAACAAGACGUCGGAGAAGAACACGCCUUGGAGCUCAGUGCGUCUGUAGUUUUAAAAACAGCCGUUAGUACAGAAAAUGUCAAUGAAAACGAACUCACGACUGAAGCAUCGUGAGUUCAACUGCUUGCAUGAAAUUAGCAUUUGUUGUCCAUGUGGUUUUGCUUAUGGUUUUAUUUAGACUUUUUUUGUGAGAAUUCAGUGUUUUAAUUGGAUGGAAAAUUUUUUAACAUUUUUUUUUCAUGAACUUUUAGUGUUUAACUAAAGGCUGCUGAAGAGGCAAGAAUACUGAUUUUAUUGUCUCUUUUAAAAGUCAAACCUCUUCAGCAGCCUCCUGCAGGAAGUUUCAACAUUGUACUGGUCUAAGUGAAGGUUUAGACCGUCUGAAACAUCACAGCACUUCAUUUAUUUUGGGGAUAUUUUCCUGAUUUGUUUCUGACAAACGACCAUUUGAAAAAUCUGUUUUAAUUUUAAUUAAUGUGGGUUUUCUUUUCCCAACAAAUCUCUCGUGCCACCUCGCAGUAUCUCUGUCUUUCUGCAGUUACUGUCUCAGGUGGUACAAGCACAGUGAGGCGGAUGUUACUUUUGGAGAGUGACUUUUAACUUCUCUCAUUCCAAAGACAAAUUAAUCGACUCCUCGCUGAGUUUUUUUUUCUUUGCACGGCCAUAUCUUUUUGCAAAGGCUGGGUGAGCUUUGCAAACUGAUGUCACUGCAGAUUUUUCCUUUGGUCCGACUCAACUAUCCUCUGAAUCCCUGAAAACGUUUGACUCUACUUUGUGUCUCCAAAAGUGCCUUUAAGCACAAAACAAGUAUUUUGACUUCUGUUGAUGAUUUAAAAAAAAAAAAGAAAAUUUGUCUUUUCAUUUCAAAAACGAAACUGCAAAGUCAAGAAAAAGGGUUUAACAAAGUGCUUUUACGAUGCUUAAGACUAAAUCAGUAUUUUAAACCUGGAGGCCUUCAAAGUACUUUAACUCGUCUUUGUGGAAGACGAGCAGAACAUACGACCGAUUAGUGUUUUUAAUAAAACAGUGCUACAUAUAUUAACUCAGUACGUCGAUGUACAGCACAGUAUAUCACAUGCAUACAAUGAGAAAUAUGUUUUUUUUUUUUUUUUUUUUUUACAGACACAUUCUUUAUUUUCUCUACAUGAAAAAGGGAAAUCACUGGACUGAAAAAGUCUCAUUAACCUGAACCACACAUUUUUUUUAAUGUUAUACAAAAAAUGAAACCGUUUUCUACUUCAAAGGGGCUGUAUGCUAAAUGUCCAAUACACAGAAAUAAUUUGGUCCAACAGCAAAUGUCUGAAACUGGAUCCGCAAAACUCCAAAAACAAGUGAAUUCUCUGUUAAACGUAUAUUUACGAUUUCUUUAUUAUAAACACAUUAUUCAUGAUAAUAAUAGAAAAGCACAUCUACUCAGUUCUGUAUUCUAUUGUAAUUAAAUGUUCGUUUUUUCUCCUCAUUAGCUGUUUGAAGUCACACAGUUAAUAUUGCUUUGGUGAUUUGCAGGCAAAAAGACGUCAAAGUACAGAGUCCUGAAACUGACAAGAUGUCUUAAAAUAAUAAUGAUAUUAAUUUAUUAUACAAGAAUAAAAUGGAUUGUUCUUUUAUCCAGUGGUUGGUUUCUAUGCUCCAUUCUAAUUAUUUAACAAUGGUUUUUAUUGACGUGUGUGGUAACUGUUUCAAACAUUCUGUCAGUUUCAGUGCUCCAUAAUCAUGACCCAGACUUUAGAGAUGCUAAAAUCACAAGACCCCAGCAAAACCCACCUAAAACUGACAAUAAAGUCAGUGUAAUUUUCAUAUGAUUAUUAUUACAUUUGAUAGUUCCAGCUUCUUAACUGCUUGUUUUCCUUAUCUCAACAUUAUAGUAAACUGAGUAUCUGAAUAUGGAUUUUGGACUUGGUCAGAUAAGACAAUUGUGAUGGUAUUUUUCACAGUUUUCUGUUGUCUUAUAGACCAAAUAAUUUAAUAAUUAACUAAGAAAAUAAAAUAACCUAGACCUUUAAAAAACUCUCAUUAUUCAAUCAAGUUUGGUCCAGUUUAACCCAAAUGUAUCAACGUCUUUUAACCUGCAAAUAUCCAGAACCACUCUUUCAGUGAGUCCAGACCAGGCAAGGGCAUAGAGAGAGAAAAGAAGGGCUGACCGGAAACUGUACUGUCCUGUUGUUCUGCUGUGUCUAUUCAGUCUGACCUGCAAUAAUAACAGUGCAGGUCCAACAGCAGCCAUAAGGGGGCCCCGUCUCAUCUUCUGAUGUUUGGGGGAAAGGGCUGGACAAUCACCACCUCUGCUCUGGUUCAUUUGAAUGUUCAGUCGAGUUCAUUAUAAACAUUUAAGACAAUCUCAUCGGGUCAAGAGCCUUGAUUCUGUUGGUGUAUUUAUAAAUGAUUUCCUUCAGUGUUAAUAUGGGAGUUGGAGCCUUAUAUUGCCAGUACUAUGUUGAUGUCAGACAAAGAUGUUGCUACUAUUAUAAGAAUAAAUAUUCAUUUGAACCUGUUGUUUUGAACUAUGAAGUAGUUAGUUGAAGUGUUUGAAAGGUCUGUAGCCAACCUUUGUGACUAAAUAAACUGCAGUUUAAAUGUGCGAGACAGAAACAAGUUGCCAACGUUGUACCUUGUAAAUGGAGUUUUCUGUGGUUCAAAGUGAAUAGCUGUCAUUUAAAAAAAAAAACAAAAAAAGUUUGCGCUGUGAUUGUUCUCAUAUUUUUAUUAUUAUUAUAUAUUUUUUCUAAAUGGUGGUCGUGUUUGCUACAAGUAUAAAGCCUCCUGUAAUGCCUCUGUACUCUCUAAUAGGCUGAUGCAUGCGUGUUCAAUUGUUUUGAUCUCAUUUGACCAGCAGAUGUAAUCACAAGGGAGGGUCGAGCUUUCAGGCCAUUAAGGGAAUCUGAGCUGCGUCCUUGUUUUGUUUUUGGUUUUUUGAAUCCGUUGUAACAAGUGGAUGAGGCAAUUAAUAAGCUAGAACGCAGACAUUGGGUUUCAACUGUGAACGAUUUAUCUGUAGCUCUAGUCCCAGCAGGACCCAUCAAAUACUUUUCCUUUGAAUGUUAAUCUUACCAGACAGGAGGAAAAGAAAAGUGCCAUAAAAACUGCUGUACUCUUUUUUUUGUCCCUAUUGUUUUUACUGCAUAGCAUGACAUGAAAAUUAAUUUGAAAUGUUUUUCUUUUUCGCUUUUUGAUGGUUGUUACCUUUAUUGAAUUGCUUCGUUGUGCUGAUUGCCUGUUUGAAUCAGUUAGAAGUACUGAUGGCUGAAUGUAAAAGUAACUUAACACACUCUGCUGUGCGCUCUGUCUGCUCAUGAGCUCUUCUUUCUUUUUUCAUUUGAUCUCUCACUGCACAGUGCACCAUUUUAUUUUGUUUUUGUUUGCACAUUAAAAGGGUUUUUUGUACAUUAUGGAAGUAUCGACAAUAAAUGUUUCUAACUUGUUGGCUCGA